AUGUCUGCUGCAACACCCCUCGUCCAUGUCGAUCUCACGGACAGCGUUGGGGCCCUCCAGAUCGGGUCGCUCUUCUCGAUAUUCCUCUUCGGUAUCGUGACGCUUCAGGCGUACAUAUACUAUACGACGUUCCGCCAGGAUCGGUGGGGGUAUAAGACUCUCGUUGGUGCGGUGUGGUUAUUGGAAAUAGGACACACGAUCGCCGUUAGCUAUGAGGUCUAUCGCGCGACCAUCACCCUCUACGGAAAGCCUCAACUCCUGCUCACCUUCCCAGCUCUGAGUUCAGGAAUCGCGAUCGCAGGAGCCAUAACAACAUUGGUCCAAUGUUUCUUCGCUCUUCGUCUAUUCCGAGUGCUUCCCAAGCCCUACGCGUACAUCGGGAUUUUCUGCAUGUCCUUGUCGAGCAUCCGCUUCGUAGGGAGCGUGUACCUGUCCUACCGUGCAGUGACGUCCAAGAGCGUGCAGGACUACCGUGAAAACAACUCGUGGCUCGUCACGACUCUGCUCAGCACCGGCGCCAGUAUCGACGUGAUUAUCGCGGUUUCCAUGUUGUACUACCUUUCGAAGAAGAGGAGCCAGGCCUUCGAACGAAUUGCCACCGUCAUUGAUCGUCUUAUUGCCUACACCGUCCGCACUGGAUUACUUACGAGUGUCGCGGCUGUUGUUUUGCUCAUUUGUUACCAGGCCAUGCCUAAUAAUCUCGUCUGGCUGGCUCUUUACACGUCUCUGGCAAAACUGUACUCCAACAGUCUCUUGGCGUCCCUCAACUCCCGACAAGAGCUGAGAGAGGCGUCAAGCACGUCCAUGCCCUCGUUAGACCGUUUCUCGAGAGGAAGGUCCUCUCGGGGCGGCAAUAAUACCGCUCGCGUCGAGCUUGCACCCCAAACGAUAUCAAUCGAAAUGAAGACCACGAUGGAAACGACGCAAGAUGAUUCCUUCGAUCAGUCCAUCCGCUCUUACGGUGGACACAGUCUACUAAGGAAUGGGUGCGUCAGCUUCUCUUUCACCAUCAGCGCAACAGCCAUUCUGACCUUCUGCGAAGACGCCGCAGCACAUUCGCACUACGAGUCAAGAAGCACAGUAUCCGACUCUGGAAUCUCGAGCCAAGCGGAAGCACGAGCGGGGUACUCCUUGGAGCGUUCUCUUUCAACUUCGUCGCACAUAGAGCGUGCUCGGAUGCGCACCCACGACGCUUUGAGUGUACCGAAUCCUGUGGAGGCCGGAAAUGGGGAGCCAGAUCAUGGUGUCAGGCAGCCGAAUCAGGUCCAGGAGCUGCAGGAGCAUAUUUCUCCACUUGUCGAACAUGCAGUCCUCCCCGAGCGCGAGCUUGCCCGAGUCUACUUCGGCAUCGAGCAAAUCAAUGGUCGCUUCCUUUCGAUCCUCCAUGAGCACUCUAUUUCCCGCAUGCUGCCGCACAAGAAACUCGAAGCAGGCGAGCACGACUUGUGGGACGUCCGGCUUGCCGUCAAAGCUUCACUUGACAAGGGCGAAGAUCAUGUCGAUUCGAUAUAG